GGAGUCACCUGGGCAGGCCCCUCUUCUCCGGAUGCUGGAGGCACCGGACUUCGGAGAGCGCCGAGGGAAAGAGGCUGUAUCUGUUAGGGCUGAAGCCGCGGACCUCUCCCCAGGAUGGCUGGCCCCUUCUCUAGCCGACAGGCUCUCCUGCAAAGGAUGCUGGGUUGGGGAGGCUCCCAGAGCUGCUGAGAACUGCAAAGAUUUUCUGGAAUCUCUGAAUCCCUCCUAAUCCACCACAUGGAAACAUUAUAGGAUUAAGGUGCCUGGUUAGGCAGAAGGCGGAGCUCUGGUGGAACCGGAGGGAGGCUCUCCCAGGGAAGGGCCGAGAGGACUCUGACAGCCACAGAGCCUGUGGAGGCAGAGCAGGGGACAGGGUGAAGGUGAGGACUGCCGCUGACGUCAUUGAUCCUUCACCUACCUGCGGCUGCAGGACCCCACCCCGGGGUGGGGUGCCUGAAUCAGAAGCCUGCUUCCACUUCUGGCCACAGGUUUGUCAAGGGAAAAGUGAAGGCAGAGGAAGGCAAGCCCUGGAGAGCUGGCAUUGACCAUGGCCCCCUAUGCUCCCAUUUCCCACUGGAGCCUCCUCCUUACAGCGAUACUCCUCACUUGCAUAGUGCAGGCUGGGCAGCUUCCUGGACAGCCAGAAAGCUCAAGACAAAGCCUUGACAAACACCCUACUCAGGAAUCUCAGCGGGACUACGGGGAAUCCCCUGGAACCAGGACCCAGAACCAUAACUCUCAGGACCAAUCCUGGUUAAAUCAUGGAGAUAGAAGUGAGCUUGGCUUAGACCUAAGAGACUGGCUCAGACCCACUCUGCCUCCUUGGCUCAGGGUUCCUGUGGGGCCAGGAGAAACUGAGAGGCCCAGAAAGUCUCCAAAUAGCCCCAUUCUGCCCCUACCCACCUCUCCUCCUCUGAGCCUGGCAGCCAGUCUGGAGACCCCUUCUGCUCAGGAUAGUGUCACUGGAGCUGUGUGGAUGGACUCUCCUCCUAGGCAAGAAGGAUACAGUUUGGUAGAUAACUUAGUCACAGGAGAUGAAGGGGAAAGGGAUGUGGGGGUCAAAUUAUGGGUUUCAAAAGAACCCAUUUUCAAAGACACGAGGGGUCCUCUGAAAACAGAGCAGCCUCCAGGACAAAUGGCUCCAAUCUCCCUUGCAGCUUCGUCCCCUGAGGAGUCUCCAGCUUCUCAUCUCUUCCCCACCCUUGCUCUAGAUCACAAAACACAAAGACCCCAUCCAAAGGGUCUUCAGGAGAAGAUAGAGGUCUUGUCUAAAGGUAUGACAGGCCCUACUCCCAAAGAGAUUCCUAGGGAGGACUUCGACUGGAAGGUAGUCAGCAGGGAUGAUGAUCUUAGUCUUCAAGGGCCAUUGACUGGCCAAGCCCCAUCUCUUUCAUGGGUGCCUUCCGUGACAACUGAUCAUGAGCACCAGCCACUAAGUAACAGUCCUGUGAUUCCAGAGGUAGGAGGAGAGCUGAUUAUGCAGACAGACUUUGUCACUCUCAGGACCAUGAACAGUUAUGUCCCCUUCCCAAAAGACCAUGCCCUAAGCCCCACGGUGGGUGCUGGAGAGGAAAUGACAGAGAAAGUACAAAGUUGGAGUGAGGUCACCCCUGGAGAAAGAAAGCAGGACACCCCCAAACCAGGGGUAGGAAGGAGCUGGAGCGAAGAAUCCCAGGCCCCCCAGCUUAUCACUCAGAAGAGUUUUGUGUCUUCUGUCCUAAGACCUGAUCGGACAUCCUCUGCUACAGCUGCUUCUUCUCAGGGUUCCAGGUCUCUGCCCAUCUGGAUUUCAGAAAAUCACCUUCCCUCAGUUCUGGCCGAAGAGCCUGACCUCAGGACUGGAAGCUGGAGUGCCCAUUUUGCCCAUCAAAUCAGCACCCAAAAAGCUCCACUCAGCCCCCAGACUGAAGACUCUGACAUCGAGGGGUCCACUCCCUCCACUACACUUCUUCCCAGCUCCAAGUCACCAUCACCUUCCCCUGCCUUCAACACUACAGCUCCACUGUCUCCUGGGCAACAGCCUGGGCCAGAGACAGUACUCUUGGAAGAAACUGAACUAAUUUCCCCUCAGAGAGUAAGAGGAGCUGUGGAAUCUCCAAAUUCCCUUAAUUCCACCAUUCCAAGCACCCCUGUAACUGGGAAGAUGCCCAAUGCCACAAAGAGCCUCCCAGCAGCCGGUCUACCAGGUGCAGGGGAAAGACCGCCUGUGGAGCGACCUCCUCAGAGCCACCCUCCGGCGCCUCCAGCUUCCUCCGGGCCACCCCUCAUCACUUCCCGCAGGGGGCUCAUCCGCGUCACCACCCAGAGAGCCCUGGGGCAGCCGAACCCUCCGGAGCCGUCCCCGAGCCCCGCGGCCUCGGAGCCUCCGGCGGAUUCCACCUGCGGCCCGAGGGCGUGCGGCCCCCAGGCCAACGGGACGAGCUCCCCCCCACUGCGCUGGGGGCCUCUGCGGCACACCCUGAGCUUCGCCUGGGAGCUCCACGUGUACGGAGCCGGGGCCUUCUUCCUGCUGCUGGCCUUCCUGGCCCUGGCAGGCCUGGUGGCCGCCGCGGUCACGCCGCACGUGCCCGGGCGAGCCCACGCGCUGGUCGCGGCCGCUCUCGUGCUGGCCGCCUCCUCGCUGCGCGCCAUCUACUUACUGGCCGACCCCUACGGCUCUCGGGGCCGCUUGGCGGCGCGCACGGGGCUGGUCCUCUACAAUCUGCCCUUCCCUCUGCUCGUGACGGCCCUCGGGGCGCUGGCGCUCCUGGGCCUCGGGCAGCUGCUCCCGCCCAGGCUGCGGAGCCUGCGUCUGUUGGGCGCGCUGGGCGCGGUGCACUGGACGCUGCUUCUGGGAGCCGACCUCCUCUCGCCCUGGCUUCGCCCUCCUCUCAACCUGCUGGUGCAGGGCCUGUCGUGCGCCUGGGGCGCCGCGGUGGCGCUGGGCACGCUGCUCCUGUGUCGCCGCUGGCUUCUCGGGGCGGUGGAGGUCGGCCCCGAGGGCCACGGGAGGAGCCGAGCCCCGGGUCCCGGUCCCAGGGUCCUGGCUGUGGGCGGGGCUCUCGGGUUGCUGGCCAGCGGUUUGCAACUGGCGGCCGCGGUGUGGCUGUACCCGCUGGCGGGGACCCCCAGCCGAUUCUCCUGGCCCUGGUGGGGCGUACAGUUCUGGCUCCGCCUGGUGGAACUCGCCUGGGCUGCCGCCCUAGCCUUGGUGGCCGGAGUCGCUUCGUGCCGCUGGGGACCGAGGCCCACCGAACACACGUGCUGGGGCAAGCUGCUGCACUACGCGUGCCCCCCACCGGGGAAAAACGAGGUGCCCGAGUACCCCAACAACUGCUACGACUGGACGGGCACAGCCGGGGUCGAGCGCGGCGGCACAGACAUCAGCAAGAGCCUCAUUCGCAACCCCGCGGAGAGCGGGGGCUGCCGCCCCACCAAGGACAGCAACGAGCUGCGAGCCGGUCAGGUCUUUCCCAGUCCCGCCGGCUCGGCGGCCUCCCUGGCUCGGGCCGGCCGGAGCCCCAAGUACCCCAACAACGUGGGCCCGGGUCGCUCUCGCAGCAGCGUGUGCCUGGAUAAAACCGCGGGCUUGUCGCUGAGCGAGCUGGACUUGCGCCCGCCGUCGCCCAUCAACCUGAGCCGGAGCAUCGACGAGGCGCUGUUUCGGGAACACUUGGUCCGCGACAGCGUGUUCUUGCGCUCCAGCCUGCAGUACCCAGCUGGCCCGGGCCGUCGGGACUCCGCCGCCUCCCUGCAGGCUCUCCCCCAGCCCGGGGUCCCCGUCCUGCGGCAAAGGCGCAGCAGCAACCCCGACUGUUCGGGCCUGACCCCUCAGGACCGCUGCUGUUCCUUGACUGACGUGCGGAUCGUCCCCAAGCCUGCUCCCGAGCCUGAAACGGGGGCAGCGUCCGGGAGCUCGCUGGAUAGCUUUUCCAAGGGCUCCCUCAAGAUCAGCUGGAACCCGUGGCGCCAUGGACUGUCAUCGGUGGAGAGCCUUCCCCUGGACGAGCUGCCCAGCACGGUGCAGCUGCUGCCCUCCCAGGCCGAGCCAGAGCCUGCGUCCGCCCCGGAAGAGCUCGGGGAUUCAGAGCGCGAGGCCCGAAGGAGCUUCCUGGCCCUGAGUAAGCAGGUGGACUCCCGAAGCGCCUCCAGCGAAACCAUAGAGCUGUGAUCAGGCCGGGAAACUGGCGACUAGAGAGAAAAGGGGAGGCGCUUCCCUUCCCUCUCUCUGUCCCCCAGAGCAGCCCAGGGAGAGAGGGGCGCUUCAUCCUCAAAGCCAGGAUUAUUUUUUUACCUAUUUUUUGGAACUCUGAUUUUGCCCAGGGAUAUGGCCUUCACAGAGUGGAGGUAAAAUGGGGAAAGAACUCUAGGGAAAGGGCCUUCUGCUGCCCCUCAGCGCGGAGCCAAGGAAGGAAGGAUUCCAGGAGCUAUAAUGGGGGACACGUUCUGCAAGAAGUCCCCUCGAGAGCCACGUCUAAAACUUCCUGCUUUGUGCCAAAAAAAAAAAAAAAAAGACAAAAUAAACUUUUAAACCAA